AUGCCAACAGCUCCAGAAGCUCUUACACUAGAGGUAGAAAUCCAUUUGAUUCACUCCGACAUUGACACAUCUCCAAUUGGAGCCGAGCACUGCGCGAAGCUGUACCGACAAUGGCACUUAUAUAAAUUUUGUUGA